AUGGAUACAGAUCGAAAUGCUCAUUCACUCUUCACUCCAAAACUCAAGGAAGAAAGGGAUCAGAAAGAAGAUGGGGCAAUGUGUAAUACAAAUGCUUUUUCGGUGGGUUGGCUUGGGCCACCUCCGAGCAGUCCCUUGAACAAGCCUUUGAUGAUUUAUUCAAAGAUCAUCAAUGAUUGCAAUACUGGAAGGUCAAAGGGAUUUAGGUCUAUGACUUUCAAGGAUGAGCAGUCGAUGAGGGACGCGAUCGAGAGUGUGAAUGGCCAGGAUCUUGAUGGUGAUGGUGGUAGUGGCAAUAAUGGUGGCAUUGGCAGUAGCGACAAGGCUAGUCCCGUGGAGGCAGUAGUGGAUAUGGCAGUAGUGAUGACCGUGGAUAUGGUGGUGGUGACCUUGGUUUUGGGUUAA